AUGGGUUGGUCAAACGCUUCCAUGAAUGAAGGUCACAACGAUGAAGUUAGGCAGAUGAUUGAAGCCUUGCCUCCUGGAAGCAGCCAAUAUGAUGCUGAAGGUCUCGGGGCAGAGGACCUUGAGGAGCUUCUUCAAAGGGAUCGCUUAUUCACUCAUACUGAACACUAUGACAGUGAUGGAAAACGAAUCUUGGACAGCUAUGUUGUGUUUAAGAAUGUAGCUCGAGAUACAAUGCGAGACUUCUCCAACCAAAGACAUCUUGGACGCAUCAAAGAUCAAAGUCUCACAAAUCAUCUCCUUAUCAUCAAUAUGCCUUCUGGCGAUCAUGAAAGUGCUAUCCGCUACUUUGACAAAGUUCUUCAACGCAAACUGGACGAAAUGAGAACAGACUUUUCUCUCGAAAUGAAAGCCUGUGGAUCAAAAGAUGUGCAUGGAACAACACGCACCAAAAUUCCUGAUACAUCAUUCCGGCCACGCCUACUCCCGGCCGCCCGAUCAGACGAAUGGCCCAGCCUGGUUCUUGAGGUAUUCCGCAAUCACCGAGUCCACCUUGAGAUGUGGCAAUUCCGUGAUGGAGCUGCUCGCCCUCGUCCUGUUCUGACACAGGAGGCGACUGUUACUAAGAGCGCCAGUGGUUAUUCUGCCAGUGCCCCAAUGGUGAUCCGUUUCCAAGACCUUCUUUUGCGACCCCCGGCCGGCAACGGGGAAUGUGAUAUUGUUCUCGACCGUGGCGACCUGGAGCAAAUGGUCAAACUUGCCUUGGACUAG